AUGAAUUUACUUAUUCUUCAACUUUUAUUUAUCAUAUGGCCUCGUGUUGCACUAUCAAACUGCACAUCAGAUAUAGCCAUAGACGCAUAUCAAGAUCGUGUAUCCAAAAAAAAUAAUUGGCAUCUAUAUACAUUUGAUGACGGAACAACAUCCGGAUUUACGCGAGUUUUAUCUAAGAAGAAGGUUUUUUUUGAAGCAACAAGUGCUCGUAGUUAUGUCUUCACGGAGUUCCCUUGCCAAAACUUGACUGGCACCAGCUACGAUGCACUCACAUUCUCACUCAGAGGCCCAGAAGACGCCUCAUAUGUUCUAGAACUACAGACUUCUGCAUCUUGCUCAACAAAAGAAUACGCAAGUAAUUUUGUCAGUCUCACAGGAGUGACCAGCGUCGCGCAGACUUUCACCAUUCCGUUGAGCCUCUUUGAAGGUGCCAAUCUCGAGGCUAUAAAAUCAAUUGUCUUUCAAGAUUUGACGUUGGGCGACUGGGAGAUUGGAGAGACAGAACUUUCUUGCACGGAAACAACAGCCCAUAGCAUAUCCAGCGAUGCCCGGAAUUCUUCCAAUACAACCAACUCGUUAUCUUCAACUACAACUCAACAAACUCUGAAGCGUCAAAAUCCCGAACCGUGUGAGUCUCUCCUCAUCGAUGACUUUGCUUCACAAUCUCGUCUCACUUUUUUGUUUUACAAUGCAAAAUUAUUUCCUUCCUCGGACGAUGCGACAAUGAAACCUGUGGCGGGAAGAGUCGACACACAAACUAGCGUGAUUGUAGCUGAUAACCAUGUUACGCUGACACCAGCGAAUGAUAAAUCUUAUUGGUUCACCCAAUUAGGCUGUUUAAAGGCGACAAAUACGUGGGGUGGCAUUGGUAUGACCAUCAAAGCUGCCCGAGGAACGACUCUUCGGUUAGAAAUAGGUAGUGAUCCUUCUUGUACAAAUACCAACCCAAAAAACGUUGCUGUCUCGUCAACUCAACUCGGGUGGAAUUUUGAUGGCACAGAAAAAUACUACCAGAUCCCUUUUUCUAAGUUUCCUGGUCUUGAUACCGAUCACUUAGUUACUCUACUCUUCUCGGAAAUGAGUAAAUCUGUCACAUUAGGUCCUAUCGCGCUUUACUGUGGAACUUCUGGGUCAGCUUACACAAUUCCAAUGAUGACUGAACCUGUGGAGUCAGACGAAAAAAUUCCAACAACCAGGGGUCAAUCUAUGCUGCUGAUAGACACUUUUAUGAAUAAAGAUAGCAAUUCACUUGGCUUCUACCAUGGUGGUGACGAUUCACAAGUCGCCACAAUAGCUAAUUCACGGCUGACCAUCAAUACAAAGGGUAAUGCCGACUUAUCUUGGUAUACUCAAGUCGCUAAUGGCUGUCGAGACCUAACCCCUCUUCAGGAUGGGUACCUUCACAUCGCAUAUUCAGGCAGUAAUGCAUUUACCGUAGCGCUUCAACAGCACAAUCCUACUUGCAAUGAUAAAAUACGUCCUAUUCCCUUCACAUGGGACUCGGUCGAAGCUUCUCGUUACAGUAACUCCGUCAAAUCUGAUAUAUACGUUCCACUCACUCAUUUUAAUAUCGAUCGCACAAAGAGUAUUGGUUUUGGUUUUCAGGGCUUCUAUACUAGUAACCCUACUACUUUUUCGAAAAUUGAAAUAGUAUCAUCUGUGCCCAGUGGUUUCCUAGUUCCUUCUAAGCUCCCUACUGCUUCACUCGUUUUCUCUUGCACUCGACCAAACUCGUUUGCUUUUGCCAUUGACGAUGGCGAACCAAAGUUCGCGCAACGGAUUGUCUCAGCGGUCGCUGAAGCUGGCAUAAAAGUAACUUUUUUUACCGUCGGAGCACCUCUUCUUGACCCGAGCACAAAUCUAACCAAUGUAUACAAGGGUAUGUUGGAUUCUGGCCACCAGGUCGCUUAUCACUCUUACACGCAUCCUCCAAUGGAAGGAUUACCAUCGCUUGCUGCCAUUGACUGGGAGUUAAAUAAUGAUAUCGAUGCUGUAAAAAAAACACUAGGUAUAACUAGCACUUAUUUUAGACCACCAUUUGGAACAGAAGGUGCUCGAGUUAGGCAGCGAUUAGAAAGCAUAAUUCCCGGCAGCAAGUUUGUGAUGUGGAGUGUUGAUGUGCAAGACUACCUAUGGGCGCAAAGUCCCACACCAGAGAAUCAAAUUACUAAUUUUGAGAACGACGUUAAGCUGGGAGGUAAUUUGGUAGUUAUGCACUACCUAUAUGAGACGACAGUAAAUUACCUCCCUAAAUUUAUUGCCAUAGCUAAGUCUACUGGGAAACAACUUAUGCGGGUCGACCAAUGCAUGGAAGAUCCCAAUGCACCUCCGCUCUAG